AUGGCUUCAGAUAUCAAUAUGAACGGCUCCGAUCCCGUUCCUACUUUACCCCAGCCCAACGACGCCGGUCGCGCCCACAUGUCUUCGCUCUCGUCCUCUUCUUCCAUAUCCGACGCCGAAACUGAACAGCGUAGAGGCCGUUCCGAGCGCCCGCGUAUGGCGAGCAGAAAACCCAGUGCGUCGAUACUAGUUCCAAGAGACCACCCUGAGAUCGAAAUCGAGGAGGAGGAAUUUCCCCCGGAUGAUGCGCGUGCCAUGAGUCCCCGACGUAACUCGGCUGAUUUGGAGCGCCUGGGCAAGGAGGCACGUCAGACAUUGCAGGAACAAGCCAAAGCCCUUCAGUCCUCUCUCCAGGCUCUCGCGGAGCGCAUCGAGGCGGUCAAAUCGGAUCACGACAAGCUGGAAAGCGAGAACAAGUUCCUGCAGGAUUACAUUGGUGGAUUGACUCGAAAUGUGACCAAGAGCGAUCUGCCGCGAACCAGCACCAAGGCCCGAAAGUCGCAGAAAUAA